AUGCCACCGCUGGAGCUGGUCCUGUUGGUGCUGCUGGUGGUGAUGGGGGAGGGAGAGCCUGUGUGCAGACUGCAGAGCAGGGCAGAGCUGCCGGAGCUGGCCAAGGACGGGGACCUCGUCAUCGGAGGCAUCUUCACCUUCCAGACCGAGUACGACGGGAGUGUGCCCAACUUCCAGAGUUUACCAGACCCAAUAAGUUGUCAUGGGGGGGUCAUUUUGUUUUUUUUGUUUUAUUUGAUUGGUGUUUGUUUAACUGUUAUUAUAACAACAAUUUUCUUCCACUACAGAAAGACCCUCAUCGUCAGGGCCAACAACUCUGAGCUGAGCUUCCUGCUGCUCUUCUCCUUGACUCUGUCCUUGACUGUGGUGUCCUUCACGUUUGUCCAGGCUUUGAUAUGCACUCUGUGGUUGGUCCUGUCCCCUCCCUUCCCCGUUAAAAACCUCACUACCUACAAGGAAAAGAUCAUUCUAGAGUGUGAUGUGGGUUCAGCCAUUGGUUUCUGGACUGUGUUGGGGUAUAUAGGACUCCUGGCUCUCUUGUGCUUUGUGUUGGCUUUUCUGGCUCGAAAGCUGCCUGAUAACUUCAAUGAGGCCAAAUUCAUCACCUUCAGCAUGCUCAUAUUCUGUGCAGUCUGGAUCACCUUUAUCCCAGCUUAUGUCAGCUCUCCUGGGAAGUUCACUGUAGCUGUGGAGAUAUUUGCUAUUCUGGCCUCUAGUUAUGGAAUGCUACUUUGUAUCUUUCUUCUAAAAUGUUUCAUUAUAAUACUGAGGCCAGAGGAAAACACAAAUGAAACGGGGUAG